AUGGGUACGAUCGAAGAACUACCCGACGACUACGACGAGUCGCAACCCGCGCAGUCACCGCCAGUACAACAACCACCCUCAAAAGAAACAGAAGCAGGCAUCCCCUCAUCUCUCCUCUCCAACAACACGCCGUUCCCCAUAAAGCCAGACGUAAUACACAAUGACGAUCCUCUGGCACCCGAAUUGCCUCCGGCCAUGGCCUCGAUUCGAUCGUAUACACCGGAUCAGUUGGCGGAUAUGCUGAACAAGACGCCAUUGUUCAUGACGGAUUUGGAGAAUGCGGGCGAUGAGCAAGGUGAAAACGUCAUGCUCGACGCAAUCCGCGCCAUGCAAUACGAAGGAACCCGCGGCGAAGUUGCGCUCAGUUUCCGCGAACAAGGAAACGAAUACGCCAAGGCAAGGAAUUGGGCGGACGCAAAGGAAUUAUAUACGAAAGCCAUUGCUGUGCUGAAUGUCAAGAAGGAGGAUGAUAAAUGGGAGACACCGACUGAUCUGGCGGCGGAGGAGAGGAUGCUAAAAGAGGCCCGCGAGGCUUGUUAUGCGAAUAGGGCUUUGUGUAAUUUGGAGCUGAAAAACUACAGGUCGACGACGCUGGAUUGCGCGCAGGCGCUCAAAGUCAAUCCGAAAAACGUCAAGGCUUACUACCGCUCGUCCAUGGCGUUGCUGGCACUGGACAAAAUCGCCGAAGCUGAGGAUACGGUCUUGCGUGGUCUCGCGGUUGAUUCUUCCAACAAGUCUCUGCAACAAGUAUCGGAGAAGAUCGCAGCGCGCAAACUCGUUCUCGAGAAAAUAGCGGCCAAACGACGCGCCGAAGAAGAACGGAUGCGCAAGGAGAAACAGCUCCUAGCCACGGCACUACAAGCGCGUCAGAUCCGCGUGCGCAAAACCGAGGAAAAGCCAGACAUGGAAGACGCAAAGGUGCAUUUAACGCCGGAUCCGCUCUCGCCGGAGAGCACGCUGGCUUUCCCCGUUAUGUUCUUGUAUCCCAUGGACGCGCAGACGGAUUUUGUCAAGGCGUUUUCGGAGACGGAUUGCAUUGUGGAUCAUUUGGAGUACCUGUUCCCAUUGCCGUGGGAUUCGAAGCGCGAGUAUCAGGUGCAUUCGGUCGAUUGCUUUAUGGAGACGGUGACUGGUGGCUUGAUCAAAGCUGGCAAGAAGUUGCCGCUGCUGCAGGUCUUGUCUGGUGGGAAGGUCGAGGUUGUGGAUGAGUUGGUUAGGGUCAUGGUGGUGCCGAGCCAGAAGUCCAAGGCCUUCAUCGAGCAGUUUAAAGUGAGGAAGAACAAGUCUUGA